AUGGCUUUUCCCGCGCCCCGUCAUGAUUAUAUAAAUUCCCAGGACGUUUCCGAGCUGCCGUGCUCACCAUCACCACCAUCGGACUCCGCAGCCCCACCACUAUCAGACCCAUCCCCUUGUCCCUCAACCUCCUCAAAGACCGUUGGGGCCUCGCUCCUCCGCGACUAUGCCUUUCACAUAGAUCCUUCCCAAACUCCGAAUGAAGUUGACGGGAAGGCCACCUCUCAAGAACCGCACACAAAGCCCACCGCAGCCGCGCGGAAUCCGCCCCAGGCACGAGAAGAUCAAGCGCCCUCGUCCACCUCUCCAACUUCCUUCCUCCCAUUCCGUACGACACCCUCACUAGGUCCGCGGCACCAUCGGAACGUCUUAUCCUGCGACUUGAUACCCCGGCAGACUAUCAUGAAAGCCCUCGCCUCACGGCCCCCAAUCUCCGGUGCAUACACCAGUCCCAACGUGCCGCUGGCGGCAGCCAUGGGGCUCCAGGAUACCCUCUUGUCUCCAAGUCCUUCGGAGGAGACAGAACGCCGUCCGAAUACAGCAAAACUAUCUCGCGCUCUAUCAAGUUUACAGGUUGGCUCGUACAAUGAUCGCGAUUCGAAGACCGCCCGCCUUAUUAUGCAAUCCCCAUGCUUCUUUCACAAACGGUUUGACGAUGCGGUGAACCUACAAAAGGUGCUUGAAGAGAUAGACGAUGAUGAGUGGCUAUCACAUUCUCGCUUGCUACAAACAGCUACCGGAGUGCGGGAAGUUUCAAAGCAGCUUCAGCGGCGACCUAUCAAGCGCGCUGUCAGGACUGUGAUGAUCGUUACCAAAGCGCGGGAUAAUAGCCUCGUUCACUUAACUCGAGAGCUUGCGGAGUGGCUGCUAUCGACCCCGCGGUAUGGAAGUGACCUUGGAGUGAAUGUCUACGUUGAUGCCAAAUUACGACACUCCAAGCGAUUCGACGCUCAGGGCUUAGUCGAGAAGAACCAGGCAUUUGAGCAUAAGCUCCGCUACUGGACGCCGGACCUCUGUUGGUCCUCGCCGGAGAAAUUCGACCUUGUUCUUACACUGGGUGGGGACGGUACUGUCCUUUUCACAUCGUGGCUAUUUCAGCGGAUCGUGCCCCCAAUUCUCUGUUUCUCAUUAGGAAGUCUGGGUUUCUUGACAAAUUUCGAGUUUGAGAACUACAAGUCUCAUCUCAAUGCAAUCAUGGGAGAUGUUGGAAUGAGAGUCAAUCUUCGCAUGCGAUUCACCUGCACAGUAUUCCGGAAAGACCGUCGCAAGGGAGCGCAAGCUGACUCGGUGGAGGAGGGCGAGCAGUUCGAGGUGCUGAACGAGUUGGUCAUUGACCGAGGGCCGUCGCCUUACGUGUCAAACCUCGAACUAUACGCCGACAAUGACCUACUUACGGUCGUCCAGGCGGACGGUUGUAUAUUCUCUACUCCUACUGGUACGUACAUUGUUCCAUCUGGUCAAUCACCAAACUGA